AUUAACACAGGCGUCACUCAGAUGUUAGUAAGGUGUUGGUAUCAUGUCAUGUCAGUCAGACGUUCAAUGCUAGGUAACAGCCACAUUGUGGUACUGUUGCCUAGGCUUAAAUACGUCUCUUAUCACCCCACAUAGCAGGUAGCUCAACGAGUCAGUCAGACUCACGCAUCAGUUCUUCAUGGUCGAUUCAUUUCAGGAGUUCAUAUUGUUUCUAGAAACGUUAUUGUAGUAUGUAUAUUCGCGCACAUGUAUUGGGCUAUAGAGAUGUUUACGAUGUAGCCUAACAUACGCUGGUUUCAAGAUAACCUAAUAGCGUUUAUCUAGAACACACACAGAAAUACAGAACGAAACGAGGAAGGAGCCACGCGCUCGGAGGGAGUUGCUUCCUUUAGCAGAACCAACAGUGGAGUCGACCAUGGAGAUGGAAGAGGACAUGACAGUGAACACGACAGUGAACUUAUCCACAGUCGGUAAAAUAACCUUUCUGGACUCUGAGUUCCGUUACACCCUCUUCCCAGUGUUUUACGGUGUUGUGUUCGUCCUUGGUCUGAUAGCCAACAGUUACGUGCUGUUUGUGCUGCAGCGCCUGCGCAACGCCAAGGCCAUGAAUGAGAUCCGCAUCUACAUGGCCAACCUGACUGUUGCCGACCUCCUCUUCGUGUGCGCCCUCCCCUUCUGGAUUGGCUACUACCACCACCGCGGUGACUGGCGCUACGGCGACUUCCUGUGCCGCGUCACCGGCGCGUUCUUCUUCAUCAACACCUACUGCUCCAUCCUCUUCCUCGCCGCCAUCAGCGUCAACCGUUACUGGGCCAUCACGCGCCCGCUGGAUGCCGCCUCGUCUGACCAUUGGCGCCGCGGGGUGGCCAUCACGGCGGUCAUCUGGGCGCUCACUCUGUCCAUGUCCGUGCCGUACCUCUUGGAGACGGGCAUCCAGGUGGACGACGGCAAUGUGUCGCGCUGCUUCGAGGGCUACCACGACAAGACUGACGACGAGAAGCGGACUGUGGCCACCACCCACCUCAUCAUCGUGGGGUGCUUCAUCUUGGUCUUCUUCCUCGUAGUAAUCUGUAACCUGCUCAUCGCCCGUGCCCUGCUCACCCAGUCCCCUACCCAGACUCGGGGCUCCAGUUCAUCCCAGCUCCGGGGGGUGAAGGGCCAGGCCCUGCAGAUGCUGUGUGCUGUGGUGGGGGUGUUUGUGGUGUGCUUCCUCCCCCACCACGUGGUCCAGGGCCCCUGGACUCUGGCUGUACUGGAUAUCAAGGAAGGCUGGGGCAGAAUGGACUGGGGCCAGCGGACCAGGCAGUGGCUUAACGACGCCCACCAGGUCACCUUGAUGCUGAUGGGGCUCAACUGCCUCCUGGAUCCUGUGGUGUACUGCUUCGCCACCAGGAAGUUCCGCCUGUACAUCAAGGACAAUCUGAAAAAGGUGGGGAGGGGCAAAGGAUGCUCGGAAACAGCCAUCACACACAUUUCUAUGGUGGAGUGCAAGAAUGUGAGCCAGCGGCUCCAUAGCGAACAGCAGCAGCUGAAGGUUUAAAUCUCUAGAUGACAUGGUAUUGUAGAUAUUGUGUCUAAUGCUAAUACUGUUGUUAGUAACCACAUCCUCAGGAUGCUUCAUUCCAUCACACCCACACCUAACCAUGAACACAUAGUGCAGAACAUGCACUCUGCUAUGUAGCCUCAUGUUCAUUCAGACACAUCACAUGAACAGAUGCACCACCACACAGCCCCACCCAGAGUAUGGUUCCCCUCUAGAUUUCCUUCCUGUAGGGAUUUGUCCUGGCCACUGUGCCAGCUAUAAUCAGUGCUUUAAAGAAUCUUUGGACCAUUGAUUCUUUGUUUUCACAUUUCAGAUGUACUGUACAUUGUAUCUCACACUUUGUUAUUGUGACUUCAAUUUAAUCACGUUUCUUCCUGUUCUUCUAGUGUAAUCAGAGAAGAGAAGCAGACGUUUUAUAGGGAACAGGAGCUUCUAUAAAGGAUUGCAAAAUAGCUCUACAAACUCAGUCCCAAGCCACUAGACUAGAUCCUUAGAUAACAUGGAUAUCAAAUUACAUUUUAAAUAUCACAUGCACAGAAUGCAACAGGUGUAGGUAGACCUUACAGUGAAUUGCUUACUUACAAGCCCUUAACCAACAAUAGUCCUACCACUGUUGGAGCCUUCUAAAUUGGGUGCUGAACAAUAGCAAUUCAUUUUUUUAAAAUCCUCAUUCUUGAGCACCUAAUAUGGACAUAUAUUCACACAUAAAAAUGAAGUUUUCAGGAUGCUGGAUGUCUGUUAAGUUCAUGCAUGUUGUGAUAAACUAAGCUUUGUAAUGAACUGAAACUGUAAUUGUGAAACUAAGAAUUGCAUUGGCACAGAUGUCAGUUCAACGUCUAGUAUUGAUUAACAUUUGGUUGAGUUGUCUUCUAAAUUGGGUGCUGAACAAUAGCUGGUCGUGAGCAAGGAAUAAAAAGAAUCCUUGUUCUUGAGCACCUAAUAUGGACACAUUAAUAACAAUGAGCUUUUUAGGAUGCUGGCUCUCCGUAAAAUUCAUGCAUUUUGUGAAAAGCUAACCUUUGUAAUGAAAUGAAACUCAUUGCCAAAUGAGCUAUGCAGGAUUGCAUUGAUUUUAGCCUACAGAUGAUUUUAGCCUACAGAUUAUUUUAGCCUACAGAUGAUUUUAGCCUACAGAUUAUUUUAGCCUACAGAUUAUUUUAGCCUACAGAUUAUUUUAGCCUACAGAUUAUUUUAGCCUACAGAUUAUUUUAGCCUACUCUCACAUGUGGUACGAUGUGAAAUUGUAUACGUUUUGCAAUUUUUGUAAGAUUGCAAAUGAAAUACUGUGAGGCAAAAAGUACUUUCGGUCACACUUUUAUUUGGACAGUCUGGAUAACCCAUCUAGAGAUUCUGUACAUACUAUGAAUAAACUAUCUGUUGAUAAGAAAUUGCUUGCUAAGGUUACGCUUAUGGUUAGAAUAAGUGUUAGCUUAAGGAUUAAGGUUAGGAUAAGUGUUAUGCUUAAGGGUUAAGGUUAGGAUAAGUGUUAUGCUUAAGGGUUAAGGUUAGGAUAAGUGUUAGC